UUUGUAUACAAUUAAUUAACAUGGACGCCAUCAAUCUCUUUCUCUAUCUUUUUCUCUCUGUUUUCACCUUUUAUCUCGUCCGGGGUAUGGCGGUGGCUCAUCUUCGCCGGCGUAAAAAUCGACUCCCACCGGGAACCCUUGGCCUGCCCUUUAUCGGAGAAACCCUCCAGUUAAUUUCUGCCUACAAGACGGAAAAUCCUGAACCCUUCAUCGAUGACCGGGUUUCUAAAUACGGCAACAUUUUCACCACCCAUGUUUUUGGUGAACCGACGGUUUUCUCCGCUGACCCGGAAACGAACCGGUUUAUAUUGCAGAAUGAAGGCCGGCUUUUUGAGUCCAGCUAUCCCGGUUCGAUACAGAAUUUGCUUGGGAGGUACUCUCUGUUGCUUAUGAGAGGAACUCUACACAAAAGAAUGCAUUCAUUAACUAUGAGUUUUGCUAAUUCUUCCAUCCUUAAAGACCAUCUGUUGGCCGAUAUAGAUCGGUUGGUUAGGCUUAAUUUGGAUUCCUGGACCGGCCGGGUUUUCCUCAUGGACGAGGCUAAAAAGAUAACGUUUAAUCUAACAGUGAAGCAGCUGAUGAGUUUUGAUCCAUGUGAGUGGACUGAAAAUCUGAUGAAAGAGUAUAUGCUUGUUAUUGAAGGUUUCUUCAGUAUUCCUUUACCUAUUUUCUCAUCCACCUACCGCAAGGCCAUUCAAGCGAGAACUAAAGUAGCGGAGGCGUUGGGAUUAGUAGUGAGAGAUAGGAGGAAAGAGAGAGAAGGAGGAGAGAGAAAGAAUGAUAUGUUGGAGUCGUUGUUUGAAGGAGAUGGCGCCGCCGGAGUUGAAGGAAGAGGAUUUUCCGAUGAGGAAAUUGUUGAUUUUAUACUGGCGUUGCUUGUUGCUGGCUAUGAAACCACCUCUACCAUCAUGACCCUUGCUGUCAAAUUCCUCACUGAGACACCCCAUGCUCUCUCACAACUUAAGGAAGAGCACGAGGAGAUCAGGUUAAGAAAAGGUGAAGUUGAGUCUUUACAAUGGGAAGAUUACAAGUCAAUGCCCUUCACUCAAUGUGUUGUUAAUGAAACUCUGCGAAUCGCUAACAUAAUUAGCGGAGUGUUCAGGAGAGCCAUGACUGACAUAAAUAUCAAAGGUUAUACCAUUCCCAAAGGUUGGAAGGUUUUUGCUUCUUUCCGAGCUGUUCAUCUAGACCAUGAACAUUUCAAAGAUGCGCGUACAUUUGAUCCAUGGAGGUGGCAGAAUAGUGCAGGACCGACAAGCUCACCUAACGUAUUCACACCAUUUGGUGGGGGACCUCGUCGCUGUCCUGGUUACGAGCUUGCUAGAGUGGAACUCUCUGUUUUCCUACACCACUUGGUGACUGGUUUUAGUUGGGUUCCGGCUGAGGCAGAUAAGUUAAUUUUCUUCCCAACGACAAGGAUGCAGAAGCGAUAUCCAAUUAACGUCCAACAUCGAAGCUUGUUUGAGCAGAGAGAAGAAGAGAAUGAUUUGUGAGAUUGUAGAAUGCAGAGUGGAGGUGUAUGAAAGGGGUUAAAUAAGACAAUAGUAUAUAGGUGUAGCAUAUACAUAGAAAAUUAAAUUAUUUUGUAGUGAAUUGAGCAGAGAUCACAUUCCUCUGAUCUGCUGGGGGAAUCAGGAAGAUUUUAUUCUGAGCAAGUGCUUAUUAUAUAAUAGUAAUGCAAAGCUUUUAAUGUAUGUUAAUUAGCAUGGUUAAAGAU